AUGACUCAAACGACAGGUCGGACCGAGCGCCUGUUGCGCCUCACCAUCAAACUCUACAAAGGGCAAGCCCGCCAGGGUGGGGAGGGCCAUGACUUUGCCCGCGACUACGUGGUCAAGGCGGCCAAGCUGCAUGCGAAGCAUGGGAUUUACGCCUACCAGCAGUGCUACUCCCCACCAGCCUACCGGACCUUCGUCGACGAGAUGAACCGCCGCAACAACCGCGGCUGGGUGAUUGAUGACCACGACGUGACCAUCGAGUUCUACUUCCGCAGCUUCGAGGAACUCAACAAGGUCAACCACGACCCGGAGUUCCAGGCGCUGCAGGCCAGCGAGGAGCCCUACGUCAACCGGGCGCACACCGUGGUCUCGCUGUCGUGGAUCGAGAAGUACGUCGACAACAACGAGGUGGUCAACAUCGUGGACGACAAGUCGACCUACCCCGGGUACGACGAGUUGUUGGAUCUGUCGACUGCGCUGCCGACGGGAUCGGCGGCGUGGGUGAAGAAGGAGGAGUAGAUGGGCGGUGGAUCGAUCAUACGAUGGAUGUCCUUGGUUUCGAUGUGUGUUUUCCGACCGAAGCUGAGUUUCGUAGGUGAAUCAAAUGGUAUCUCUUCAUCGUUUCGUAAAUUGAGGGUAAUUCAUUCGGCGUUCGGGGUAGGCGUAGAACGGU